CUGCGUUGUGGUGCACUCGAUCCCGAAACCAGGCAAGAUGGCCUACAAAGCAGAAGUGCGCACUACGUUCGAGCCGAGUCGUGUCAUUCAGCCCAUCUAUACCGGCGGCGCGGUCUCGCUAAGUCAGAAUGGGCGCAUUCUGGCCUCAACACUGGGCGAAGAUGCUCUGCUCACGGAUUUGAGUACUGGCACGCAUUUGGCGCGCAUAGAAGGCGACGGCGAACCUCUGACCACCAUCACACUCACUCCCGAUGCCUCACACCUGAUACUGUGCUCGCGAUCGAUUGCGAUGCGCAUAUAUUCCCUCCAUGAAUCACAGCUGGACGAUACACUUGAUGCGAAGCUCGUGCGAACACUCAAACCCCACAAGACGCCCGUGGUAGUUGUGGCAACAGACAGUACGAGUUCCCUACUUGCUACGGGAGGCGCAGAUGGCGAGAUCAAAGUGUGGGACAUUCGCGCAGGCUAUACGACACACACUUUCCACGGACACAGCGGAGUCAUCUCGGCAUUGCACUUCUUCCAAGUCGAUCCGAACGAAGCAGGCGAGGCAACGACCAAGAGCAAGAAGAGAAAGAACAAGCAGAAGAAUGAUGUUGCGGAGGAAGUACGAGAUGGCGCGACAGCAGGGUAUAGGCUGGCUUCUGGAGGCGACGAUGGGAACAUCAGAGUGUGGGACCUCCACAAACGAAAAGCAGUCGCGACACUCGAGAGUCACGUCAGCGUCGUGAGGAGCCUGGAUUACUCGCCCGAACAGAGAUUGCUGCUCAGCGGAAGCAGAGACAAGACAGUCGUACUCUGGGACUCAAGGUCAUGGCAACAAGCUAGCACGAUUGCGGUCUUAGAGACCGUCGAGGCUGCUGGGUUUCUCGAGGCGGGUCUCCUCGUCUACACGGGAGGAGAGACCGCGAGGCUUCGAAUAUGGAACACUGACGAUGGACGAGAGGUGACAGAAGAGCAGGAGGAAGGCGCGGAGAUCGAAAGAAUAGUCGAUGUGCAGUGUUCGCCAGAUCUGCCAUUCCUACUCACGGUGCACGACGAUCAGACCUUGAUCUUGCGAUCAUUGGAAGGGCUCGCGAGUGCAUCCAGCGCCAAUCGUCAUCCGCCAUUGCCCAUAAUCCGACGGAUCAGCGGGACUCACGACGAAGUCAUCGACCUUGCAUAUGUUGGACGGGAUCGAAAUCUUCUGGCUCUUGCGACAAAUUUAGAAGACAUCCGUAUUGUCUCGCUGGACACAGACAAGUCAAGUGGUGGCUCACCUUACUUUGGCGCCGAUGUUGCUCUUCUCCGUGGUCACUCUGAGAUUAUUAUCACCAUCGACACCGAUUGGUCUGGCUGCUGGCUUGCCACGGGAGCGAAGGACAACACUGCAAAGCUGUGGCGGUUAGAUCCCGAGAACAAAUCUUAUGAGUGCUAUGCCACGUUCACCGGGCAUGCUGAGAGCAUAGGAGCUGUAGCGCUUCCCAAUGGUACACCAGCGCAUGGAUCGAAGGAGUACCAAAAUCCGCUCGAGCACCCGCCGAAAUUUCUCAUCACUGGCAGUCAGGACAAGACGAUAAAGCGCUGGGAUAUCAGCACGCAACCCGGCAAAGGUCCCAGGGCAGCAUACACGAGGAAAGCGCAUGACAAAGACAUCAAUGCGAUUGAGGCUUCAUACUCCUACACCACUCCUCUGUUCGCAUCCGCAUCACAAGACAAGACUGUGAAGAUAUGGGAUGUGCAGACCGGCGAGACUAUCGGAGUGUUGCGAGGCCACAAGCGUGGUGUGUGGACAGUUGCAUUCUCCCCUCCCGAUAUGCCUCCUUUGACUACGAACGAAAGCGGGAGUGCGAGCACCUCCAAAGGUAUGGUGGUCACUGGCAGCGGUGACAAAACCGUCCGGAUCUGGAGCUUGACAGACUACAGCUGUCUGCGAACAUUUGAAGGUCACUCGAACAGUGUGCUGAAAGUCGUCUGGCUUCCUCCGCCGAACAAAAGUGGGAAGGACGUCAGAGGUGUGCAAGUGGCCAGCGCUGCUGGCGACGGCCUCGUCAAGGUCUGGGAUGCACAAAGUAGCGAAUGUGCUGCAACUCUCGACAAUCAUAUCGAUCGUGUUUGGGCGCUUGCAGUCCGACCGCAACCAGCACGCAGCGAGGCAGAUGCGAAAGCCGAACUUCAAGAAGCUGAUGAGGAGGCACGUGACAGCACAUCACAGCUUGAGUUAGUCUCUGGCUCGGCGGACAGCACACUGACCUUCUGGGCCGAUACCACAACGCAGACUGCCCUCGCGGCGACGACGCAGGCCACGCAGCGGAUCGAACAGGACCAGGAGCUACAGAACGCGAUCCGAGCCAACAAUUUUCGAGACGCAAUUGUUCUUUCGUUGCAGCUCAAUCACCCAAAGAGACUCCUCGAGGUCUUCAGAUCGGCCAUCGACAAUCCUUCCACAGAAGUUAAAAGCCUUACGGGGCGUGUCGAAGUGGAUGGUGUCCUCGCAUCGUUGUCUGAGAGUCAGCUCUGGAACCUCCUCCGCCGAUUGCGAGAUUGGAACGCAAAUGGUCGAACACAUCACGUCGCGCAACGUGUACUAUAUGCGCUGUUCAGGAUAUAUCCAAAGGAGAAAAUCAUUGGUCUGCAACGGCGACGCAAGCAAAUUGCGGCUGCAGACGACGACGAGGCUCUUGCGGGAGCCAUGGCCGAGACGAAUCUCCAGGACAAAGUGAAGAGUAAGGAAAGCGUCAAGGACGUGCUCGAUGCUCUCAAGGCCUAUUCAGAUAGACACUACCAACGUCUGGACAAAACGAGUGAGGAGCGAUACGUCUUGCUCUGGGCACUGGGACAGAUGGAUGAUGUGAGCACGGCGAAGCUGCAGCUCACUAAUGGUAUGAAAGGCCCCAGAGAUGAGAAUGAUGUAAUGCUGAACGGGGCGUAAUACAAUUCAAAAGGCACAUAGUUGGCUGUGCGGUCGGAAUGCGCGGAUCCAACGUUCGGUUCGACCACCUGACCCCAAUUGCUCUCACAAUAGAAGCUAGACCUGGAGAACUGGGACGCAUGAGUAAUGAUACCACUCGGAAAGCGUACUAUUGGAUUGUCGGCCAUGUUGUAUUGCCCAAUCACCCUUUCCUCUAACGUAGACAGCGCUGGAGGGGCCUGCAAAGCCGCCCCCUGCCGGAAAGGCCAAAAAUGCGCGAGCCCAGCAUGCACCCGUAUCAGGUUUAGAGGACUACUUCGCUGAAGGUAAACAGAACAGGAAGGAAUUGGAUGGCAUUCCGACUUCCAAGGCGAUCAAUCUACCGCCCCCACCUCCUAAGGCGGGAGGCCCACCGAAGGCUGCGUCGUCUGCUGCUACGGCCGAUAAUUCCGAAGCCAAAGAUGAAGACGCGAGCUAGAGGUCGCCGGCACUUUGGAUUCCUUCGACUUGGGCAUCGGACGGACCCGCUUUAGAAUACGAUAGGACUUGGUCGAAUUGUCGUGCAGGGACCGCAAAGCGAGAACAGAUACGUCAAUUCGACUUCCAAGGCGAAGACUUCCUCGUUCCUGCGAAUAUAGGUCUGAAAUCUGGAUGUCUAGGUAUAGACCUACGGGGUCGCCGCCCGCUGGCGAGAGAAUCAAAGCAGGGGCUUAGCACGCGCCAAUGGGUUCGAAUCGACUAUGAUUCUCUGCUAGCAGUCACAGUCGCAACUAUUGCUUAGUGAUAUAGACAGCUAGACGAAGAUACAUAUAAGGAAGAUUAAGAGGGCACGUUUUGGGACGCAUGAGUAAUGAUACUACUCGAAAAGCGUACUAUUGCCCGAUCAAGCUCUUUUGCAACGUAAAAGACCGCGAGGCCGUAAGGUGACAAAGACAAAUCCGCGGUUAGCUGUCUACCUGUCUACCUGUCCUUAUGCCCUUGGCGCUGCUGUAUUUAUUUUACCUGCCAACAGGUACUGCUACCUCUUUCUCCG